AUGGCUCGCUCUUCUUCCUCCAAGCUGGCGUCCCUGGUGGCACUGGUCAUUUUGGCUUGCUUUUUGGUGGCUGCGGAGGCCUACACUCUCAAUGACAACACUAACAUCCGCAGAUGCGGCGACUCUGACAACUUCUGCAGACCCAGCACUUACUGCGCCAACAACUGCUGCUGCCCCGUCAUCAAGACCCUCCCCAGGGGCACCAACUUCAACAUCUACUGCUACUCCAACGGUCAGAGCAUCAACGGAGACGCCCGCUGGCUGUACGGCAAGGCUGCUGACGGCACUGUCGGCUGGCUCGCCGACUAUUACGUCAGCUGCGGAGGGCUCUGCCCGGCUAGCCCCUGCUUGUAAGAGAGCAGCAGUCGUCUUCUGAGUUAACAAGUUCUGAGGCCAGUCUCGUGCAUAUGGAGGGUUGGAAUAACGUCAGUUUUGGUUCCAAGAGUGAAAGGCUAUACAGCCAGUUUUGUUUGCGGGUUACAUGGCUGACGUCAGGGGUUUGAGGGAGACGUCAGUCUGCUUUUAGCAGAGCAGUCCGUAUGGACUCAGCGGGCCAGGAAAAAGCACCACAAAAAGUGCUGCGUUAACAACGGAUUAGUGACGGUUUGGGUUUGUACGCCUUUAAGGUAUUCUCUUCUUUACCGCGCCGCGCAAGAUACAGACGAGUUGUACCUCUAGAAAGCUAGUGACCUCAUCGCAGAGAGC